AUGAUAAAGUGGAAGGCUGAGGCCGAGAUAGCUUUUCAAAAGCUUAAGACAGCUUUGUGCCAAGAUCCGGUGCUGGUAGCUCCAGAUUUUACAAAAGAUUUUGUAGUGCAGACAGAUGCUUCAACUGAAGUGUUGGGGGCGGUCCUGUCUCAGGAAAUCAAUGGAGAGGAGCACCCCGUGGUUUUUCUUAGUAGGAAGCUGACGUCAGCUGAGAGAAACUACACAGUGGUGGAGCGGGAGUGUCUGGCCAUCAAGUGGGUUUGGACUCCCUACGAUAUUCCCUCCUGGUGUUACUGUGUGCUUUUUCGUCGCUUGUGCACAGCUGAUUUGGAGACGUUAAGCCCGGGAUCGGGAUUUGGAGGGGAUAAGUUUAAGGUGGAAGGCCGAGCUUCCGUGCCUGGAGUGAGGCCUCAGGAGUGGGUGAGCCGGCCCGGUUUAGUAGACGGAGAAGACUAUAUCGGCUUUCUGCGGAUGGAUGGAAGCUUUAUGGUCCAUGAUGUUCCUCCAGGUUCCUAUGUAGUAGAAGUUGUGUCUCCAGCUUAUCGAUUUGAGCCAGUCCGAGUGGAUAUCACAUCAAAGGGUAAAAUGAGGGCCAGAUAUGUAAAUCACAUCAAAACCACAGAAGUGCUCCGGUUACCAUAUCCUCUCCAGAUGAAAUCUUCUGGUCCUCCAUCCUAUUUUAUCAAGCGAGAGACCUGGGGGUGGACAGACUUUCUUAUGAACCCAAUGGUAAUGAUGAUGGUUCUGCCACUACUGAUCUUUGUGCUGCUUCCUAAAGUUGUAAACACUAGUGAUCCAGAAAUGAGACGGGAAAUGGAACAGUCCAUGAACAUGCUGAACUCCAACCCAGAGCUGCCUGAUGUGUCUGAAUUUAUGACAAGACUUUUUACUUCAAAGUCCUCCAGCAAAUCCAGCAUCGGGGGAAAAGUUGGCAAGAGUGGGGUUGGCAAGAGGAGGUAGUGAUGUGCUGGAUCAAUCCUUUACAGGAAUCUGUUGGCGUUCACACCAAGUUCAGUCAUUUUUUUUUCUUUAUGAGCACCCUUUUCCAUUGCUUAAAAAAAAUGUGUCGGUUAUUUCUAAGAUAAGAUCACUGUUCUUCAAUAGAAACAAGAAGAAAAACUCAAAUGCACCCAUGUUAAAUAUAGGUUUACCUUAUUUAUCGGCAGGUAUAUAUAUUUCAAAUAAACUUGAAACAGCAUAGUUGUAAAAGUUUAUUAAAUCAUGCUACUUUAUGGUUCUCAAUCACUUUUUCAUGUAGAAGAAAAACAAGAAUACUCUAAUCCUAGUUUACAUGGAUUUUACUGUGAUGGCCAAUAUUUUACUGCAAAUGGGAGAUAUUCAAUGUUAGUCUCAUUCUUUAAAGGAUAUGUUCACAUUUACAAAAAAUAAAAUUAAAUGCACAUUUUUUCGUAGGUGUAAUGCCACGAUCCUGAA